UCGGUUUACACGCGCUCGUGCAGUGCAUCUCUUGUCUCGCGCUCCGGCAGAUCCAUAGGAGUGCGCUAAGACAAUGGGGAUGACACAGGGAUUUCUUUUUGGCUUCAUCGUUGCAUCAUGUUUCCUUGCCAGCAUUGGACAACAGACAGGAUGCCAGGAUGAAAAUUUGGCCUUUGACAUUGUGUUCCUCGUGGAUAGUUCCAGCAGCAUCGCCGUUCGAGAGUUCAGAGAUAUGAAGGCGUUUAUCCGUGACGUUGUGAACGGAUUGGAUAUUGACUCUAAAAACGUGCAGGUUGGCCUCGUUCAGUUUAGCUUCGAUCCCCACAAAGAAAUCCUGCUGGGCGACUACGCCAACAAAGCAGACUUGUUUCAGAAAAUAGAUAAGAUCCCUUUGCGACAAGGAGGCACAUUCAUGGGAAAAGCUAUGACCUUUCUUAAGGAAAGCUAUUUCACUAGCGCGGGUGGAAGUCGGAUCGAUCAGAAAGUGCCGCAGAUCAUCGUGGUGGUCACAGAUGGAGGCUCAAGAGAUGAUAUAAAGGGACCUGCUGAAGAUCUUCGAGCAAAGGGUAUUAUCAUCUUUGCCAUUGGCGUUGGCGAGACCAAUAACACCCAGAUGAGGUCCAUCGCCAGCAGCCCACCUGAGCGUUUUGUGGUUAAUAUUGAAAAUUACGAAGCGCUGAAAGGAUUGACUACAACAAUGAUGGAGACUGUGUGUAUUUUGAUGAGGGAUCAAGGCAAAGCCAUUGCACAAAAGUUUGCCGACGUGUUUGUCCUGGUGGACAGUUCGGCUACGACCAAGAAACAAGAGAUUAGAGAUAUUCUCACCCAACUGGCUGGUAACCUCAAGGUGGGCGACGGAUCAAAUAAAAUUGCAUUGGCUCAGUUUGGCGUGACUGUCGUCAAGGAGUUUUUAUUCAGCGACUACAAGGACACAGCGAAGGCCAAAGAGUACAUAGCCCAGUUUGAACCUAGGCCCAACGGAGAUCGGAAACUGGGAAAUGCCAUGGAUUACGUUCGUAACAACUUUCUUAACACGGCAUCCGGCAGCAGAAUUUCCAGAGGCUACAAGCAGUACAUACUGGUGCUGAGAGUUGGAGAAUCUUCAGACUCUGUGCUCGGUGCCACACGUACAAUGAAAAACGAAGAUGUGACUGUUAUCGAUAUGAGAUUGGAAACAAAUUUACGCCUCCUGACACCUGUGAUAAGUGGUUACGAUGUUCAACAGAAUAUCAUACAAAUAGCUUCGGAUAUCACAAAGAGAAUUGAGACGAAGAAGGUUUUAAAUGUUACAGGAGAUUGCAAAUUGGCCCAAGUAGCGGAUAUCGUGUUUAUCGUGGACGAAUCGGGUAGCAUUACCCCAAGUAACUUUGAUCUGGUGAGACAAUUCUUGCAUCGCAUCGUGAGCGGUCUGGUGGUGGAUCCUCAAAGCGUCAGGGUGGGAUUGGUGCUUUACAGUGACCACCCCAGUGCUGGAUUCUACUUGGACUCUUUUCUGAACAAGAACGGCGUUCUGAACUACAUUAAAAUCCUUCCUUACAGAGGUGGAGAAACCCAAACAGGCGCAGCCCUGACGUUUGCCAGAGAAAAUCUCUUCACUCAGAAAAGGGGCAGCAGGAAAGCUCUUGGCGUCAAGCAGAUCGCCAUCAUCAUCACCGAUGGAGAGUCGCAAGAUGAUGUCACCGACGCUGCCUCUAAGCUGAGGCGUUCGGGAGUCACCGUGUAUGCCGUCGGGGUGAAGGACGCCAGGAGCGAGGAGCUGCUAAAAAUGGCAUCUUACCCCCAAAGGCAGUUCGUGUUCAAUGUGAAAAGUUUUCAAAUGCUUACGUCGCUGGAGAAGAGUCUUAGUAAGAGCCUUUGUAAGACUGUGGUUAACAGAAGGUUUGAUAAGAACAAGAAACACACCCUUAAACAAGCAUGUGUGAACACAGAAGAAGCCGACAUUUACUUUCUCCUCGACACUUCUGGGGCCACUCGUGCAGACUUCGAAGACGUGAAGAACUUCAUCCUAUACCUUCUGAAGUUGUUCAGCAUCGGACAGUAUCGUGUCCGCGCGGGGAUCGUAAAAGCUGACCGCACACCCACGCUACAGUUCAGUGUGAAGGACCACAAAACCAGGGUGACCUUAGAAAACGAUGUGAGAAACAUGAUUCAGUCCAGCGGAGGCACAGAGAUGGGCGUGGCACUAACGUAUGUGGCGGAACGCUUUAGGGAGGCUAAAGCUACUCGGCAAGCUAACGUGCAAGACAUUCUCAUUGUCAUCACUGAUAAGAAAUCCCAAGAUGACGUGAGUGAUCCAACAGCUGAGCUGAAGAAUCUAGGUGUCUCGGUCUAUGCCGUCGGAGUGGGAGAUGCCGACCAGGAUGAGCUCUUAAAAAUGGCGGAUGACUCCAAGGUGUUUUCUGUCCCCAAUUACGAUGCUUUGAAUGAUAUCAAGACUGAUGUUCUUACCGAUAUUUGCUCACAAGAAGCCUGCAGGAACCAGGUGGCAGAUGUCAUGUUUUUAAUUGACGGCUCUUCUAGCAUCGAAGAAAAAGACUUCAUUUCAAUGAAGACAUUCAUCAACAAAGUGGUGAAUGGGUCUGUCGUUGGACAAGAUGAUGUGCACUUUGGUGUGGUCCAGUUCAGUACAAACCCAAAGGAGCAGUUUCCCCUGAAUAGGUUUUAUGACAAGACAAAACUGCAGCAAGAGAUCGACAGCAUCGAUCAGUUAGCCGGGGACACUUACACAGGACAAGCCCUCUCGUUCGUUUCACCGUAUUUCGAUGUGGCCCGUGGUGGCCGGCCUGAGAUUUCACAGUUCCUCAUAGUUAUCACGGAUGGGGAGGCCCACGACGGGAAGGAUGUCGCCACCAAUGCCAAAGCCAUCAGAGACAAGGGUGUGGUCAUUUACUCAAUCGGUGUGGGCAGCGUUAACACCACACAGCUGCUGGAGAUCAGUGGGACUGCAGAUAAAGUGUACGUGGAGAAGGAUUUUGAGGCAAUUCAGACCUUAGACAAAGACCUUCAAUUCAAGCUGUGCUUCACGGUCACAGGUUGUCAGAAAACACAGCUGGCCGAUGUCAUUUUCCUCGUGCAGUGCACCAGCCAGAUCCGUUCCCCGGACUUUGAAAAAAACAUCAGAAACUUUUUAAUUUCUGUGGUGAACAGCACACAGAUCGGUGACAACCUCAUUCGCAUUGGCGUCAUUGUCUACUCGGACACUCCAAAUCAAUUCACUUUAAAGCAGUACAACAGUAAACAUCAGGUACUUGAUUCCAUAAAAAAUCUCAGGUAUUCAACUGGAAACGCCUACACAGCUAAAGCCCUUGAAUAUUCACUCGCGUACUUCAAUGAAGAACACGGUGGGCGCCGGAAACGGGGCAUCCCUCAAAUGUUGUAUUUGAUCACAGACGGACCGGCUAGAGACCGAAAUAAUUUGAUUGCACGGGCUGAGGAAUAUGCGGCAAAGCAUAUCCACGUGUAUGGAAUCGGAGUAGCGAAUGCCCAAAGGAGUGAGCUGGAGAUUAUUACCAAGAACAAAAACAAAGUUUUCCAGGUUGAUAAUUAUGAGGCUCUUCGAGAUUUGCAAAAUAACAUCUCCAGUGUGCUGUGCAACAUAACAAAACCAGAAUGUCUAAAUGAAGUGGCUGACCUGGUGUUUCUAAUUGAUGGAUCGGAAAGCAUCAAAGAAGAUCCAUGGAAAACUAUGAUUGCCUUCUUGCUCGGCCUUGUAGACAAGCUCCGUGUCACACGGGACCUUUUCAGAAUUGGUGUAGCCCAGUUCAGCACCCAGUAUCGAAAAGAGUUCUACUUGAAUGAGUAUGAAGAUGCCAAAGGCAUAAAAUCAGCUAUCCAGCAAAUCACACAAAUACAAGAUGGGACGAAAAUCGGAGCAGCGCUUCGUAACGUAGUGGAAUUCUUCCAAGAAAGCAAAGGCAGUCGCAAACUGAAUGGCGUACCACAAAACCUUGUGCUCAUUACUGAUGGUGAUUCGACUGAUAAUGUGACCGCAGCUGCUGACGCUCUCCGGAAUAUGAACAUUAAUAUUUUUGCCAUUGGAAUAGGGGACAUCUCCAUGUCGCAGCUCAGUUAUAUUGCCGGCUCGCCAGACAGGUUAUUCAUGGUGCAGAACUUUGACCACCUCAAUCUGACGACAGAAACAUUUGUUGACGCCCUUUGCACCCCUUUUUCAUUAAGUCCUCCAAGUUGCUCCAUUGACAUCGCAGUAGGAUUCGAUAACUCAAUGACCAGUUCCAGUUCUCCGUCCAUUUUUAGGAACCAGAGAAAGCUGCAGUCUUAUCUGCCCGAGAUUGUCCGCGAUGUGUCUGUCGUACACAACCUGUGCUGUGUCACCAAACCAACCAUCAACACCAACAUAGGUUUCCGUCUGGUCAGCGCUGAUGGACAGAAGCUUAACGAUUACUUGUUCGACGGGUACAAUGAAGAUGUGGUUAAAAAAGUGAUGGGGCUUCAGAAUCCCCAAGGACUGAAAUUCAACUCGAGGCUUCUGGGCUCCUUUCAGGAGAUGCUCAAAGCUUCUAACGCGUACGUCAAGGUACUGAUCAUCUUCACAGACGGGUUGGAUGAGCCUGUUGAGGAGCUUCUGGUUGCUGCAGAGAAACUCAGGAACAGUGGUGUCCAUGCUCUACUAACCGUGGCACUGGAUGGAUUUAGAAACACUGCUGAUCUGCAGAGGCUGGAGUUUGGACGAGGGUUCGGCUACAAACAGCUUCUCUCCAUCGGCAUGCAGAACGUGGCCAGUGUCAUGCAGAAAGAGAUCGAUACAGUUGCUUCCAGGGUGUGCUGUAAUGUGCUGUGCAAAUGCUCUGGUCACCAGGGAGUACAUGGACCCUACGGUCGUCCGGGGCCUAAGGGAUUACCCGGACAGAAGGGAAGUCCUGGAUUCCCUGGGGAAGAAGGAGAAGCUGGUCAGAGAGGGCCGCCCGGUUUAAAUGGAACACAAGGGCAUCAGGGAUGUCAUGGAAGAAGAGGCAUUAAGGGUGGCAGAGGAUACAGAGGUGAAAAUGGAGAUGCGGGAGAAGAUGGUUUAAAUGGAGUCGAUGGUGAACAGGGCGUUGCUGGAGGAGCAGGAAGUCCAGGAGAGCGAGGAGAUCCAGGCAGCCCUGGUCCUCGCGGUAUCAGAGGAGACCCUGGAGUCCCAGGACAGAAAGGUCUGAGAGGAGAUCCGGGAAAUUCAGGAUUAGACAACAACUCCGGUGGUCCUAAGGGUGACGUUGGCAGCCCAGGCGUACAGGGUGAACCAGGUCCAGAUGGUAUUGCAGGUGAAGCUGGUGAUGCUGGCAGACCAGGUUCGAAUGGCAGAAGAGGCUCUGUCGGUCAACCGGGUCCCAGAGGACCUCCAGGAGAGUCAGGACCACAGGGACUUCCUGGGGCUUCAGGUCCAUUGGGUGCUUUUGGUCCACCAGGUCCUGUUGGGCAGAGAGGUUUUCCUGGUCUGCCUGGACCUCAGGGAUCUCCUGGCUCUCUAGGAAGGCCUGGAUCUAAAGGAAGCAUAGGCUCCAGGGGACAGAAGGGUCAGCCAGGUGAUGAUGGAGUUAAAGGAGCUCUUGGCCUCCCUGGCCCCAGAGGACUGCAAGGAAAUGACGGGUCGGAUGGUUAUGGAUUCCCAGGACCUAAAGGACAAAAGGGAGAUAAAGGUUUCCCAGGUUAUUCAGGACUUCAGGGUGAGCGAGGUGAUUCAGGCAUAAAUGGAGGUGGUGGUCCUAAAGGCAACAGUGGAAGAGGGGGCAAUGCUGGGAGGGCAGGACCUGCUGGUGACCCUGGUAGUCAGGGGGUGCCUGGACACAGGGGCCCAAGAGGACCGGUAGGAACCAGGCAAAUGUCUGACUGUCAGCUGAUAUCAUAUGUUCAAGACAACUGUUUGUGCUGUACAGGUAACCCGAAAUGCCCUGCCUACCCCACCGAUCUUGUGAUCGGCUUGGACAUGUCUGAAGACGUGACCCCUCAAGCCUUCGAGCGCAUGCGCUCCGCGGUCCUCACCCUGCUGGACAACAUCAACGUCGCGGAGAGCAACUGUCCCACGGGGGCGCGCGUGGCUGUGGUCACUUACAACUCCUACACCAAAUACCUGAUCCGCUUCGCAGACUAUCACCGCAAGCAGCAGCUCAUUCAAGCCGUCAAAAACAUCGCCCUUGAACGCACUUCCAGUCGUCGCAACAUCGGUUCCGCCAUGAGGUUCGUCGGCAGGAACAUGUUCAAGCGCGUACGAAAGGCCGUCCUGAUGAGGAAGGUUGCUAUCUUCCUUUCCAGCGGGGAGUCUCAGGAUACAACAUCUCUCACCACGGCCAUUCUAGAGUAUAAAGCUCUGAACAUUAAGCUUGGGGUCAUCGGACUGAGAAAUGUGCCUUCUAUUCGAAGUGCAUUAGAGGCCGAUGAAUCUCAAAGUUUUGUCUUCACCGUGCUUGGUAGACCGGACAACCAGAGAGCUUCUCUCAGUAAGAUCCAGAAUUGUGUUGUCUGCUUUGAUCCCUGCAGACCAGCUAGAGAAUGUGAUGGCACCAACCUGCAACCCUCUUCUCAAGAAGUAGACCUUGACCUGGCCGUGAUUGUCGACGGUUCCCGUAGCAUCCUGGCCGAUCAGUAUGAGGGAGUUAAAGAGGUUCUUGGCAGUGUACUCGAUCAGAUAGUCGUGAGCAGUCAGCCCAGCAGGGCGGACGGACAGGCGAGAGUGGCUCUCUAUCAACAGAGCUCUACAUACAGCGAAGCCCAGUCUGCUGUAAAAGUCAUCUUCAACUUCCAACAGUUCCAAGAUCACAGUCUAAUGAAGAGAAGCAUCCACCAGGAGUUGAAGCAAACCGGUGGCUCUUCCAGGCUGGGUCUUGCAAUGGAAUACGCCAUCAUGCAGAGCAUCCUUACAGCUCCUAAGGCGCGUAAAAACAAAAUGGUGCUGGCCGUCAUCGGCGAACACACGGCAUAUCACGACAGAGCAAAGCUGGAUUUUAUCUCUAGGUUGGCGAAGUGUGAAGGUGUGGUUCUGUUUACAAUGACAGUGGGCGACCACUUUAACAAUACUCAGGUGGAGGAAAUGGCCAGCUAUCCUCUGGAGCAGCACAUUGUUCACCUGGGUCACUUGAAAGAUGGAGAGCAGGAGUACGCUCGGCGGUUUUUAAGAACUUUCUUCCACAUCCUGAGCAAGAAUACGAACUCGUACCCUCCAUCAUCACUCCAGAGGGAGUGUAGUAAUUUUCAAGGUCGGCGUUCCAACUUUGAGCCUGCGGAGAGGCCUGUACACAGGGUUCCUUUCCCAGCCACUCCAUCUCCGACGGCUAAUGUGGAACAGGAGACGGAGGAGACUGAAGACUUGCAGUCCUCAGGCCGUGGAGACUCACUUGGACUCGCUGACCAUGAAGGGAAGCCUGAACUACCAGGGCAGAGAGAGGAAACAACAAUAUAUGACGAUGCAUGUCUCAUGAAACAGGAUGCUGGACCCUGCAGUCAGUAUGUUUUAAAAUGGUACUAUGACAUCCAGCAGAAUAAAUGUGUCUACUUCUGGUUUGGAGGAUGCGAAGGAAACAAAAACAAGUUUGACACGCAGGAGCAGUGUGAAGCUCUGUGCUUACUGAAAACUUGACCAGGACUACUUUUUUUCAGAUGACACUUCACAUUUAGCAACUCAUUCUGUUUCAUGUAAAUUACAUUAUUUUUAUUCUGGAUUUUCUAAACGAUAGUAAAUCGAACAUACGGUUAGCGCGGUUUCAUCAUGCCAAAAGUUGCAUUGUCAUUUCCAUGCAUGUUGUGCUGGAAUAUGAAAAGAUAUUUUAACAGACAAAAUUCAUAUACUGUAGCAGCUUUUAAGUCAUCCAUCAUCUAAUUUGAUUAAAAUUGGUUAAAAUGUCAAUGUACAUAAAAGGUUUUCGGUGAAGAAAUGUCACACAGAACUAAGAAAGUGGACUAUUAGAUUUGACACUGAUUAAGAUUUUGUAACUUUUUAGUAUUUUAAAUGUAUAAGAAUGUGACUGCUUUGAAACAUGGUAUAAUGUAUACAUAAUAUGUUCAAAGCAACAUCAUAAACAAACGUUACUGCGCAUGCGCACGUUUGUGGACGGAAAUCAACUUCCGGUACACGUCUGCAAACAAUAGAGUGCCUAUAGAUUAGUUCUUAUAACGAGCAAAAGAAACCGAGAAGCCGUUGGCUAAACUUGCCUUUUCAAUAUUUUUAAUGUAGACUGCGAUACUUAGCUCAACCACUAGAUGUCAAUGUUCCAUACGGUUUCUUUAAAGUCGGCAUGAAACGGAAGUAGCGAUUGUUUGUGCUUAUAUCCGAGCGAAACAACUUCUGAAAUUAGAAAAAAAUGUAGGGCGGGACUUGAUUUCAUUCAUCGAGUAUUGACUGGUUAAAAGUUGGGAGUUGCCAACAAAAAUGCAAUCUGUCAUUGCAGCCCCGCCUUCGCGCCAUUCCUCGUGACCUGAAGUGAAGAGAUGUCGUUCUGAGUGGAUUAAAAAAAAAGAUGUGCAGGGAUAAAAAAUGUAUAAUCAAUACUGCAACACUGUAAAUCAAUUUAAAUUGACCUUACCUAUUUCAUGCCAACUUUAAAUGCAACAAACUUACACGACCCAUUCAACAAAUUGUGUAUUUAAUACAAUUAUUAUACAAUAAAAUAAUAAUAUAAAUAUAAAGUAAAUUUACAUUUAUACUUUUAUCCAAAGCGACUUACAGAGAGUUCAGGGAGCAAUAAGCUGCAAUAAGCAAUAAGGCGAGGAAAAGCCGUUUAGUUUCGGUUUUAAAGUAAGAAACGACGUUCAAACAUCACGAACAGGCAAAUUGGUUUAAUCAUUUGUAGAUAUAAUGUCAUAUAUGUUAUUAAAAGACAUAUUUAUAAUUAAUUUUAACCGAUAAACAGACACAGACCGGAAAUUAUCUUUCGUCCAUGCGCGUGUGGCCGAUGAAACCGUCUAUACAUGUUUUGUGAAAAGUGUUAUACAAAUAAAAUUGACUUGACUGUGUUUCCUCUGUGUUGUUCA